CUGUUUUGUUGUUUCAUUCUCUCUCUCUCUCAUACACUAACAGGAAGUAACACUUAGGAGCUCUCAGCGUAAACGCGCUCCCGCGCUAAAAUGGGCUUGUGAAGGCGGUGCGGCGGCGUUCCUCGCAGCGGCGAAAACCCGGCAGUGCAGCGGCUACGUGCACUGACUUUCAGGAAAAAUGGCGUCUCUCUCAACCACCACCAUCAGCUUUGCUGCCUUCGACAGCAGUACAGACUCUCUCAACUUCCUUACAUCAUUGCUUACGUCGUCAUAUCCGCCCUUGUUUUCACUCCCGUGUUUGUGGUUCCCAUUGACCAGCAGCAACCAUGAUUCUGUCCCAGCUGGAGUUGGAGGACGUGGAGGCCCUGUACUCAGGGCACUUGUUUCUGAUGGCUGACCUCGUGGGGCCCCUUCUGGACCAAGAUGAAGAAGAAAUUCUCUCACCCUCUUUGUCUGCAGAGGGGAAGGCACCACCUUCACCUUCCCUGUCUUCCUCUGAGGUGUUAUUUUACUCCCCACCUUCGUCUCCUCUUGCUCACUCCUCAUUUUUGGAAAAUGUGGCCAAAGUAGACCCCGAGUCACUCUCCAGUCUUGAUGCUGAUGACCUGCUCAAUGCAAGCAUUGGGGCAGAUGAUAGCAAAGAUGAUUCUUUUCUGAGCAUGGACUGGAUGGUGGAGAAAUUUGGCCUGAAUAACUUGGACCUAGAUUCCUUGAUUGGAUCUGAGUCGCAGAGCUCCCCUGAGGAUUUCCUGACCUUCAACUCUGAUAUGGAUCUGGGUUUGGAUUCCUUGAGUGCAGCGAUCCCUGCCCCACAUGAUGAGCUCCCAUUGCCCUCUCUGCCCACCCUCCCUCUAGAUGUCCCCAUUUCUGAGGUAGCUGAGGCCAAGAUGACAGAGAUGGCUCCUGAUGAGGAGGUGGCUAUGAAGUCUGAGCCUCCCUCUCCUCCCCCCCCCUCUCCAGCUCCUCCCUCCUCUUCAGCUGAAACCCUGGAGCUGGGGAGUGAAGUGGAUGUCCCAGAUGCAGAUAAAACCAUAGAGUCUGUCAGAAUCAUCCCAGAUUCCAGUGGAACCAUUCAGACUACAGGCCCCAUCGUGCUGCAGGCCCACUUUGUGGUUUUGUUGACCAACAAAGAAGAAACCUCACUCCUCUCAUUGCCUGACCAGUCCAACAGAACACCUCAGAGUGACAGCGACUGUGACUCUGGCAUCGAGUCUCUUACUGGGUCUCCUCCUCGUGUUCCAUCUCCUCCUCCCACCGCAUCCCAAACAGCUGGUUCUUCCAGGACAAAGCCUUAUUCCAAACCUGAGUCCCUUGCCACCUCAACAAAGUCUUCAAAGGUCAAAUCUGUGUCUGGUGCCCCCAAAGUGGAGAAGAAACUAAAGAAGAUGGAACAGAACAAGACGGCGGCCACACGCUAUCGGCAGAAGAAGAGGGUGGAGCAGGAGUUGCUGAACAUGGAGUGUGAGCAGCUGCAGAAGAGGAACCAUGAACUGGCGGAGAAGGCAGAGUCCAUCAGUCGGGAGAUCCAGUAUCUGACAGACCUGAUGGAAGAAGUUCGCAAGCGCCGCAGCAAAACCAGUUCAGUGCAGUAGAUUGUCGAUUAGUUUCAUGCACGUGUGGGUGUUUGAAACCUUUCACUGGAUGCAAGAGUCAACAGCAGAAUGCAAUUUGUGAUGUAGUGUGGUGGGCUGAGAGAUUACCAGGUGACGCAUCUGUACAUGUUCAUCUCUCAGGGUGCCAUUAAAUCCCCAAAACACAUAGUGUGGAAUUGUAGAUUUGAGUUUAUAACUAGUAUGACCCAUACGCAUAGUCUCUAACCCACUUGAUCUAAACCUGGUCACCCAGUUUUCACUUUCUUCUGAGUCCAGAAAGGGGCCUCAGGCCCAAUCUUCAUGUUACCACAUUUGUAUAUAUUGUCUUUUCCUGCUUGCUGAGUGUGGCUCUUAUUUAAUGCUGGGUAAACUUGAUAAAAGUGCUGAGUAGGUUAGUCUGUUAGUGCAACUGUUUGGCUUGUAAAUGCUUCUGCUUUAUUUUUCUUUUUCUAAUAAAUCAUCAGUGCUCCAACA